ACUAGAGAGUGAGGAUCCGGAGAUGUAUCAUGUAUGUAUGCGCGUUUGUUCUCCUCCUCCCCCCGCCACCCCACCCACCCACAGAUGGGUCCAUGAUUUGCAAGAAGCCUUCUCUGUGAGUUUCCGUGCCUUGAAAAAAGGAAAAGAUGGGGGGGGGGGUUCGGAAGAAAACGAGCAAACCACCAGCAACAGACAUCGGUCUUAUUGCAUGGUGGCUGCCGCGGUGCACUCUCGCACCAGCCGUUACCGACUCCGUACAACUGUUCAACUGUGGCUCGUCUAAACCGAAUACCGUAGUUCCCAGUCCGACUGGAUGCGGAGACACGGUUUUGUUUGUUGCUGCAGAUAAGGCUGUCCGACGUAGACCGAGACUGAAACGUGAUUUUUUUCUUCUCUCUUGCUCCCUGGAAGACACAACUUCCUGGAGACUUCGGCGGGACCGUAUACCGCGGAAUCCACAAUAGCGAUGGCUGAUCGGAUCGAGAAGCUUGCCAUCCGGAAAUACCACGUUAGCAGAAGAG